AGAUGUUCGUUAAAUGAUUUGACAUUAGAGUAUACUUUGGUAUUAUCAAACUUAUAUAUCCUCGCUAAUCCAAAUUAGGCAGCUAGUGAGGUACCUGGCUUCAAGGAUAACGAAUAACCAAGUGUAUUUUUCUGGACGGCACAUAUCAGCAGAUAUCAGUGAACGUCUUACAAUCUCUAAAUAUUCCUCUACUUCCACUCCCUCAAACAUUCCAAACCAGUAAUAUCAAAUCCUCCGAAUGCCUUCAAAAUUCGCAACAACAACUUCAGUAAAACCCAACCCCUUUUUCAACAUAUCCCAAUGACGUUAUACCUAGAAGGUGGGAUGUUCGGAUCUCCGUCGAUAAAGCUCAUCGUCAAUUUUCUUUAGCCCCCACCUUCUUCAAUUGCCAAUACUCAUCUCCAACUUCCUAAAACGCUCCUUCUGGUUUAAGAAUACAGACCUACAUGAUAUCCAUCCACCUAGCUAGCUAGCUCUUUCAAAUCCCACAGCACGAACCCCUUCUCUAUAUCCACCGUUUCGCAAGGAGAUAGAGAUAUGGCGACGCAAUUCCCAGGCGUAGCGCUCGUGACUGGCGCCACUUCCGGUACGAUUCAUUUAACUCAUAACAUCAGAAGUUUAUUUCUUAUGUUGGAUAGUGGAAGUGACUGAUUUGAAUCACCGCACAGGUAUCGGUCGCGCAACCGCUCUAGCAUUCGCCUCAGCGGGGUGUCCCAAAAUCGCCCUCAGCGACCGGAACCACGAAGGCCUCCUCGAAACCAAGAAAUCGAUCGAGCAGCUUUCCACGUCAAAAACAGCUAUCAUCCAGAUUGAUUUACUGGAUGAAAGCCAGAUUAUUCGGAUGGUCGAGGCGACGGUGAGGUUAUGGGGGAGUGGAUUAUGCUGUUAA